CCCAAAACCUCGACAAUCUCUGUGUAUGAGCGUCUAUGUCCGAGUGUUAGUCAACAAGCGCGUGUCGCUUACUGGUGGAAAGAGCAGGGAGACAAGUUCGGUAUCGGAGAGGGCACAUCACCACAGCAGUCGGGACUAAAACGGAAAAACGAAUUUACAGAAUAUCAACGGGAUUGCCAUUUCAUAACACCAUACCAGCCGUUAACAACAUUUGGUUGUUAAAAGACACUGCCCAAAACACCAUAAGACCCAACAUAGAUUCAUUUAUCCUUCAUAGUUUUCUUUCUGGCGCCGGCAAAAAUGAAGACUAAAAACCGGGAGCAAAGCUUGUCUGAUUCUAGAGAAUUGGACGGAUCGUAUGACCAGCUGACGGGUGGUAACACUCCCAACAUCAAAAAUAAAAUGACUAUUAAACAGAGGUUCCUCAAGCUGCUGCCCUGCUGUACACCAACAGUUGCUGCUUCAGUCAGUCAAUACAGCGUAGAGGAUGACUUUGAGUUGUCGACUGUGUGCCAUCGACCGGAGGGGCUGGACAAACUACAGGAGCAAACGAAGUUCACCAAGAAGGAACUGCAAGUUCUCUACAGGGGUUUUAAGAAUGAGUGUCCAUGUGGGGUGGUCAAUGAGGAGACUUUUAAAACCAUCUACUCCCAAUUUUUCCCCCAGGGAGAUUCAGGUGCUUAUGCUCAUUUCCUGUUUGAAGCCUUUGACACUAACAAGAAUGGAUCAGUUAGUUUUGAGGACUUUGUGUUUGGGUUGUCAAUUAUUCUGAGAGGAACCAUUAACGACCGGCUGAACUGGGCCUUCAACCUGUACGAUCAAAAUAAAGACGGAUGCAUCACGAAAGAGGAGAUGAUGGAUAUAAUGAAGUCAAUCUAUGAUAUGAUGGGGAAGUACACAUACCCCUGUAUGCAUGAAGAGGCACCAAGAGAACACGUGGAGAGCUUCUUCCAGAAAAUGGAUCGUAAUAAUGACGGAGUCGUCACUAUUGAUGAGUUCAUCGAGACAUGCCAGAAGGAUGAAAACAUCAUGCAAUCCAUGCAGCUGUUCGACAACGUCAUCUAGAAGCCUCUGAUGUUGCUGACGAUUGGAGGACUGGGGGAGGUGUGCGUCUGUGUGUUUGUGUGAGCGUUUGUAAGUUGCAUGUGGGCUUCGAGGGGAGUUGGACAUUCAGCCCCCCUAAAUCUUGCCCCCUCCCUGUAGCUCAUUUCUAUCUGCCCCUUACUCCAAGCCAAACUGGCGCACCUCCUCUCCCAGAGACACAAAGAAUGGGGCUGGCUCAUAGACUCUGAUCCACAGCUACACAAACUGUUCAGGAGGGUGCCACGUUACCGAAUGUUCAGAUAGAAAAUGUGUUGUUUAGAACAGAUCUGAUUGUCAUGACGCAUGUGAAAUUGUGAGUCGAACACAUCAGCUCUGUUACGUUCUUUUUGCAAAUUUCAGAGCAGUUGGCCUCUUUGAAUAAAACCCUUGUUUUCUUUGCCCUUUUUAUUCUUUGCCACUGUUUCUUCAAAGGCCGACUGGACUCAACGUAGGAUAAAGCCCCCCUUCUCAAUGACUUUCUGUCAGUUUUGCAUUUACUCACCAAACGGUUGAAGUUAAGGGUCUAGAAUGGUUCAGCUCUUUCUGGACUACUGAAAUUCAACAAUAUAACAGAGGUGACUAGCGCCACUUCAUGGAAAAAGGAGAAAAGGGCACCGGAAAAGAAAAGUGGAACAGAGGAUAUUGGGGGUCUAAAGGAUGAGACUCCUUGCCAACACACAGAAUACAAAACUGUUUUCAUUAAAGAACUGAUUUUAAUAUUGCAUGAUGAUGUCACUAAUAAUAACAUAUAUU